CUCUUUUCCAUCCCAUCUCCGCCGUUCCCACCGGUCUCUCUUCCUUCUCUAUUCCCUCUCGCACAAUCCCUGCGAUUUUCCUCUCUCCCAGAUCCCAUCUCUGCCGCUGUCUCUCUCCCAUGGGUCUCUCCCUUCUCUCUCACAAUCCCUCUCUCGCUCAGCAAUUUCUCUCUCUCCGCGGACAAGCUUCUCAUCUAAAAGUCAAGGGCAGAAAAAGCUCUCGAAACCCAUCCCAUGGGCAAAUCAAAUAUAUAUCUUUUGUUUUGGGGGGGGGGAUUGAUUAUUCUCUUUGAUCGGGUGAGUUGGUAACCCCAUCCAAGCUAAUCCAUAUAAGAGGGGAGGUUUGCUUGGUGCAGAAGCAUAUCGUUAAUGCGAUCUCAGAAAUACAUCUCAGAAAUACAUCCCCGUUGCCUUACCCCUGGAUGUUCUAUCCCCUCUCUAUAACGAGCAACGAACUUGCAUCCAAGCUAAUCCAUAUAAGAGGGGAGGCUUGCUUGGUGCAGGAGCAUAUCGUUAAUGCGAUCUCAGAAAUACAUCCCCGUUGCCCUACACCUGGAUGUUCUAUCCCCCUCUCUAUAACGAGCAACGAACUUGCAUCCAAGCUAAUCCAUAUGAUCCAUAUGAGAGGGGGGUUGCUUGGUGCAGGAGCAUAUCGUUAAUGCGAUCUCAGAAAUACAUCCCCGGUUUGCUUGGUGCAGAAGCAUAUCGUUAAUGCGAUCUCAGAAAUACAUCCCGAUGUUCUAUCCCCCUCUCUAUAACGAGCAAUUCAUUCUCAAGUUCGUUUCUUAUUGCAGAAAGAGCCAGGCUGAUGGGAUUUCUAAAUAAUAGUAAGCUAAGCGAGAUGCCGGGCGCAAUAAGCUUGAUGCGCCUUACUCCUUAAACGUUCCAGUGAAGUGAAACGUUCAUUCCUUGUUCCUUAUAACUGAGUCUAAGGGAAGCUCCUUUUGAACCCAUCAAGGCUACUUCUACUGCUCAUAGAAGGAUUAGGCUUUCUUAAUGAAUGUGCGGGGAACUGCUCGUCUCUGAUCGCUUUCUCUUUCUCUUUCUCGGCAUUCGGCUCUUUGAAUAUGCCCGGUGGGAGAGAACUCAGUCCAACAUGAGGAUGGGGUCGACGGGUGGAGUGUUCUCCCACCCCGCACGCGUGGAUUGAAGGGCUAGUUUCAUAGGCUUGUGCUGCUUUCGUGGGUCUGUUCUCUUCUGUUGGAGGGUGUGUAUGCUGCUUUCGUAGGUCUGUUCUCUCCUGUUGGAGGGCCCUGUUGGAGGGUGUGUAUGGGCGCAUAAAUUGUUUAGUGUAGAUGGGUGCAGUUGAUUGGGUUUAUUAUGUUAAUAUAACAUAAUAUCAUUUGAUAUGUAGUAAGCUUGGGGUGUGUGGAUAAAGCUGGAAGUAAUGGCAUUCACGGGGUUGGGGUUGAACUUUCUCAUUGCAGCUGGUGAGGAUGAGGUUGAACAUUCAAUAAUUUCAUCACUGUGUGGUACAACCGGCGCAGGCAACUUUGGUUUGGACAAGUCAAUAGUGAUAAUCUUAUUGGAUAGGGAGGUGAAUGCCAAUGGAGCAGGGGAAGGACUAUGUGGUUGAGUUGGUAGGUGGAGAGAUCCAUCAGCAUUGACAGAGGCUAAAAAAGGUUCUUGCUCUAAUGGCCUGACCUUGUCUGCAUCAGAGUGAGGGGAACUGGUAGAGCAUUCUUACUCUUCCUAUUAGUCACCGCUGUCCAAGUCUCAGCAUUCUUCCUCUUCCUAUUAGUCACCACUGUCCAAGUCUGUUUUGGGUUUUCAUGUGUUGUGAGUUGGUUUUACAGGAACCGGAGUUGUGACCCACCAGCUUGCAUGAGCUGCAAAUAAUUGGUAAUUUCUGAGGUUUGCCAACUGCACUUGCAAUGAAUCCUAGUCCCCUUGUUGUCCAGUAGUGAAUUGGGAUGUUGAAGAAUUUGACCCAAACAUGGAUCUUAGUAAGCUCUGGGCUGUUGAGAUCGAGGUUAGGUUGCCACUUAGAGAGUAAGAUGCGUUUACCAGCCAAAUUCCAAGGACCAGCUUCAAUAAUGAUCCUUGCUCCUUGGUCAGAUCCAAAGUUGAAGUAGAAGGCACCGUUUCCAUCACCAAGCGCUUCCUUAAGGCCAUUCUUUCCCCAUAUCUUGAAAGCAUUGGUGUGGACCACUGAGAAUGGGAGUUUUUUGAAAGGGAAGUGGCCAACAAUGAAUCCUUGUAGUGAUUGGAUCCCCUCGUCUGUGAUAUCAUCUGGUGGAACAAGUGGCUGGGCUGAUAUGCUGUGUUUUUGGAAGUGAUGGAGAUGAAUUCCAUCAAUGUUGUUGACAAUGCUUGUCCAAGAUGGCUUUACCUGCUGGUUAAUGGUUGGAGGAUUAUUGGAUGUGGUGCCAGCUGUGGUGGGGUCUUUUGCAGCAUCAUUCUGUUUUUGGUAUGUUGCAGGUUCAACAGGUAAAGUAAUAUUUGAUUGGACAUUUGUUUGGACUUUAUUUUGGAAAGUGAUUGAUUGAGGGAGAAUGGUCAAGGAAUUCAAAUUUGAAUUUGAAUGGGAAAUUGGUGGGAAAGGGGUGACCGGAGGAGAGGGGCAUGAGGUCCAGAGAGAGGGAAAUACCUGGUGAUCUUUGGCUGUGCACAUGGGUUGGCUUGUGUCUUGCAUUGGAUGAGUAGGGGAGGAAGUGGUUGUAAUCUUUGAAGCUUAAGUUCUGCAAUCUCUGAUCUCAGCUCUGAGAUGGUUAAUUUCAGCUCCUCCUUAAACAGAUCAAGAUGGUUAAUUUCAGCUCUGCCGAGGUUCUCUUGUUUGCAAUGGUUUGGAAAUGGCUUGCUGGUAGUUGGUUGGUUUGCUAGAUGUCUGGGUGGCCGGUGGUGUUGGUUUAAUGUAGUGAUGGGUAUGUUGUUUGGAGAGGAGAUAAGUAUAUGGGUUGGUAAGAUGGUUGCAGGUGAGUGGUGAGAGUUGGCUCCUUUACAGUGCUGGAAUGGGUUUGUGGGUGAGGGAACUUGAGUUGUAUUCCUUUCUGUUGUGUUCGUUGCAUAGGUCUGGUUUGAAGAUGAUGGAGCAUGUGUACAUUUGAUUGAAUGAAGUCUGUUGAAUGGAGGUUUCAGGUGGUUUCGGGUGCUUGGGAGGUUUCAUUUUCCCUACACUUGAAGUAUCUUCAUCCUUUCAGAUUUGGCAUCUUCAUCCUUUCAUUUUUUAUCACCAUUUUAAUCAUCAGUUUCCGCAAAGAGUUUCAGAAACUUGAUUUUUUGAUCACCAUUGCAAGAGUUUCAGAAACUUUGGUUUGGACUACCUCCUGGAACAAUUGCCUUAACCUUACGAACCAAUCUCCUGAUGUGGUCUUUCCCUGGGCAGCUCGCCCCUGCUCUAAGACUGUCUCUGCUCAGCUGCUCAAUCUGAAAGAAUACUCGUACAAGGAAAGGACACAUGCAAUACUGAAUGAUUCACCUCAUCGCCCUACGUCCCCUGUUAAUGGAUUGUGUGGAGGCAAAGAAAGAAAGCCAAGCGACAGAGAUGCAGAUUCAAAAGAAGAUGCCUACCCAGGUUCAACAGAGGAAGUGGGAAGAAGAAAGACCUGAGGGAGAUUACAGGUGGUGGUGGGAAAAGCCUUCAUCAUCGAUAGCCUCAGGUCCCACAUCGAAAAUAUAUGUGGAGUGUGAAAGUAACAGUAAGUCUAUAUUUAAUUACAGUAGUCCCACAUCGAAAUAUCUAUGGAGUGUGAAGUAACAGUAAGUCUAUAAGUAAAAAAACUUUUAUUUUAUGUUUUUUGUUAAAUGAGACAAUGGUGAGCUUAUCUCAAGCUCUCCGACGUCACUUCGUAUUCGCUCGGGCUCGACUUGCUCAGGCUCGGCUUCAGCUUCCAAGUUUGGCAAAGUCUCCAAGUUUGGCUCGGGCUCCGCUUGCUCAGGCUCGGCUUCAGCUUCCAAGUUUGGCUCGGCUUCAGCUUCCAACCUUGGCUCAGGCGAAGCCAGACUAUAGCUUUACUUUUGCUGCGCUACGAUCUUUUUCUACUCUGCCGAAGAAGGGUGGAAAGUCAGAUGACGAUCCGCAGGCGGAUCCAAACACUAACUCGAAGUCAUCAGAUGACGAUCCGCAGGCGGAUCCAAACACCAACUCGAAGAAGUCAUCAGAUGACGAUCCGCAGUCGGAUCCAAACUCUGGAACUGGAAACUCGUCAGAUGACGAUGGAAACUCUGGAAACUCAGAUGACGAUUCCCAGUCAGAUUCAGAUUCAGAAUCAGAGUAUGAUUUUCGGAGGGGAUUAGAGAUGGAAAGCCUCAAGGUGGCGAAAUUCUUGGCAUUAAUUGAGGCAGCAAAAUUACAGGUUGCUGCAGAAAGUCUGGUCCUUGCCACUGCUUCACUUUGUCUCACUUUUGUAUUCGGCUUGGUGUCUGUCGGGUAUCAAAUGUAUCAAACUAUGCUCCAAGAGACGCUCUCCGACUUCGAGCGGGCGAAUCUCUAUCGGAUGUUGAAGAUGGCGAAGGAGUUGGCGAAUUUCGUUCAGAUGGAUCCGGAUCACCCGCUGCCAACCGAUCCGGAUCCGAUCCAUCUUCCAACCGAGCCGGAUCCGAUCCACCUGCCAACCGAUCCGAUCCGAUCCACCUGCCAACCGAUCCGAUCCAUCUGCCAACCGAUCCGGAUCCGGAUACGAUCCCUCCUCUUCUGACCUGGCUUCCUUGGCUUCCACGGUCGGCCCAGAUACACCCACGUUCUAGAGAUGAUAUGAGAGGAUUGCGGAUUGUAUAGAUUCAAAAGCAAGAUUCAAAUGUAGUACCGUACGUACAAUUCUCAUAUAUCUGCUUAAAUUUCAAUACAUUUCAUUCAUAUGGUGGUCACUCCCACCAUUUGACGACACAGUAAGCCUACAUAAAAGUAAAAUACUACUAGCGCCCAAUAAUCCGCAAUCC